GCUUGUUGGCAGCGGCAGCUCCCAGCAGACACUGUGGCAAAAGAUGGGAAGUGCCGAAGCGGGCUGCUGAAGACGCCUCCAUCCCUCUUUCCACCCCGCCAUCCCUCCUCGGGGGGCGCGCGCGCGCGGGCGCGUGGCUCCCCUCCUCUCUUUCUCUCUCUCGCCCCGUCUCUCUCUCUCUCUCUCUCUCUCUCCCCUCUUCUCUGUGCUUCCACUCACUGGAUAUUACCCAGCCGGCGGGAUCGCUUGCUGCUGUCGCCGCCGCCGUUCCUGCUCGCGAGCCCCUUCUCCCCGUGCCCAGCCAUGAACCCCGCCGAGGGGGCAGCGGAGGAAGGAGCGGUCCCGGAUUCGGAGGUGGACGCCUUUUUCCGAACAGGAUCUUUCCGCAAUGAUGGCUUGAAAGCUGCUGAUGUCCUUCCCAUACUAAAGGAAAAGGUGGCCUUUGUUUCAGGUGGCCGUGAUAAACGAGGAGGUCCCAUCCUGACAUUUCCAGCACGCAGCAAUCAUGACAGAAUAAGGCAGGAAGAUCUUCGGAAACUUGUGACUUACUUGGCUAGCGUACCAAGUGAAGAUGUCUGCAAACGUGGUUUCACAGUCAUCAUCGAUAUGAGGGGGUCUAAGUGGGACCUGAUCAAACCUCUCCUGAAGACUCUUCAGGAGGCCUUUCCUGCAGAAAUUCAUGUUGCCCUGAUAAUCAAGCCUGAUAACUUUUGGCAGAAGCAGAAGACAAAUUUUGGAAGUUCAAAAUUUAUCUUUGAGACAAGCAUGGUCUCCGUUGAAGGUUUAACAAAACUGGUUGAUCCCUCCCAACUAACAGAAGAGUUUGAAGGAACUCUGGAUUACAAUCAUGAUGAAUGGAUAGAGUUGAGAGUUUCCUUGGAAGAAUUUUUCAAUAGUGCCAUCCAUUUACUAUCCAGGCUGGAGGACCUUCAGGAAAUGCUGGCUAGAAAGGAAUUUCCAGUGGAUGUGGAGGGUUCAAGAAGACUAAUAGACGAACAUACCCAGCUCAAGAAGAAAGUAAUCAAAGCUCCAGUGGAAGAAUUGGACCGUGAAGGUCAACGAUUAUUACAAUGCAUAAGAUGCAGUGAUGGUUUCUCUGGUAGGAACUGCAUUCCUGGCAGUGCAGAUUUCCAAAGUCUUGUGCCAAAGAUUACCAGCCUUUUAGAUAAGCUGCAUUCAACACGACAGCACUUGCAUCAGAUGUGGCAUGUCCGUAAGCUGAAACUAGAUCAGUGCUUUCAACUUCGACUUUUUGAACAAGAUGCAGAAAAGAUGUUUGAUUGGAUCAGCCAUAACAAAGAGUUGUUCCUGCAGAGCCACACUGAAAUUGGAGUGAGCUAUCAACAUGCCCUUGAUUUACAGACACAACAUAACCAUUUUGCUAUGAAUUCCAUGAAUGCCUACGUGAAUAUAAAUCGCAUCAUGUCGGUUGCCUCCAGGCUUUCAGAGGCUGGCCACUAUGCAUCUCAACAAAUUAAGCAGAUUUCCACACAGCUAGAUCAAGAGUGGAAGAGUUUUGCCGCAGCAUUGGAUGAGCGUAGCACUAUUCUUGCCAUGUCUGCUGUGUUUCACCAGAAAGCCGAACAGUUUCUGUCUGGUGUAGAUGCUUGGUGCAAAAUGUGCAGUGAAGGAGGUCUCCCCUCGGAAAUGCAAAACCUGGAACUAGCCAUCCAUCAUCAUCAGUCUCUUUAUGAACAGGUCACUCAGGCUUACACUGAGGUAAGUCAGGAUGGAAAAGCUUUACUGGAUGUCCUGCAACGUCCCUUGAGUCCUGGAAACUCAGAAUCCCUCACUGCUACAGCAAAUUAUUCCAAGGCUGUUCACCAAGUUUUGGAUGUGGUCCAUGAGGUCUUACAUCACCAGCGGCGCUUGGAGAGCAUCUGGCAACACAGGAAGGUUCGGUUACAUCAGCGGCUUCAACUUUGUGUUUUCCAGCAAGAUGUUCAGCAGGUCCUGGACUGGAUUGAAAACCAUGGGGAGGCCUUUCUUAGUAAACACACUGGAGUGGGGAAGUCUCUUCAUAGAGCACGAGCUCUUCAGAAAAGGCAUGAUGACUUUGAAGAAGUAGCACAGAAUACCUAUACUAAUGCAGACAAGCUACUGGAAGCAGCAGAGCAACUGGCUCAGACUGGGGAGUGUGAUCCCGAAGAGAUCUACAAAGCAGCACGGCAUCUAGAAGUGCGGAUUCAGGACUUCGUUAGGAGAGUGGAACAGAGGAAGCUUCUUUUGGAUAUGUCUGUCUCCUUCCACACCCAUACCAAAGAGCUGUGGACAUGGAUGGAAGACCUGCAGAAGGAGCUCUUGGAAGAUGUUUGUGCUGACUCCGUAGAUGCCGUUCAGGAACUCAUAAAGCAGUUCCAGCAGCAGCAAACAGCUACUCUGGAUGCCACUCUCAAUGUCAUCAAAGAAGGGGAAGAUCUAAUCCAGCAGCUCAGAGAUUCAGCGGUCUCUAACAAUAAAACACCACAUAAUAGUUCCAUCAGCCACAUUGAAUCUGUCCUCCAGCAGCUUGAUGAAGCUCAGGUGCAGAUGGAAGAGCUCUUUCAUGAGAGAAAAAUUAAGCUGGAUAUCUUUCUUCAGCUCCGGAUUUUUGAACAAUACACUAUUGAGGUGACCGCAGAAUUAGAUGCCUGGAAUGAGGAUUUACUACGUCAAAUGAAUGAUUUCAAUACUGAGGAUCUCACCUUGGCUGAGCAACGUCUGCAGCGGCAUACAGAGAGGAAGCUGGCUAUGAACAAUAUGACCUUUGAGGUCAUUCAGCAAGGACAAGAUUUGCACCAGUACAUCAUGGAAGUGCAAGCUUCAGGAAUUGAACUGAUCUGUGAAAAGGACAUCGAUCUAGCAAUCCAAGUGCAAGAGCUGCUGGAAUUCCUUCAUGAGAAACAGCAUGAGUUGGAGCUGAAUGCUGAUCAGACGCACAAACGGCUCGAGCAGUGCCUUCAGCUUCGGCACCUGCAGGCAGAGGUUAAGCAGGUCCUUGGCUGGAUCCGUAAUGGAGAAUCAAUGCUCAACGCCAGUCUUGUCAAUGCAAGUUCCUUGUCAGAGGCUGAGCAGCUCCAGAGAGAGCAUGAGCAGUUUCAGCUGGCCAUAGAGUCCCUCUUUCAUGCCACUUCCUUGCAGAAGACGCACCAGAGUGCCCUCCAGGUACAGCAGAAGGCAGAGGUGUUACUGCAGGCUGGCCAUUACGAUGCUGAUGCCAUCCGGGAAUGUGCGGAAAAAGUGGCCUUACAUUGGCAGCAGCUCAUGCUAAAGAUGGAGGACCGGCUGAAACUGGUUAACGCCUCUGUUGCUUUCUAUAAAACUUCAGAGCAGGUGUGCAGUGUGCUGGAGAGUUUGGAGCAAGAAUAUCGAAGAGACGAAGACUGGUGUGGAGGUCGGGAUAAGCUGGGACCAUCUUCUGAGAUAGAUCAUGUUAUCCCCUUAAUCAGCAAACAUCUGGAACAGAAGGAAGCCUUUCUUAAGGCCUGCACACUAGCACGCAGGAAUGCAGAAGUGUUUCUCAAGUACAUUCAUCGAAACAACGUCAGCAUGCCAGGAGUAGUGAGCCAUACCAGGGGGCCUGAGCAGCAAGUGAAAGCCAUUCUGAGUGAACUGCUGCAGAGGGAAAAUCGUGUUCUUCACUUUUGGACGUUGAAGAAAAGGCGACUGGAUCAGUGUCAGCAAUACGUAGUCUUUGAGCGCAGUGCAAAGCAGGCUUUGGAUUGGAUUCAGGAAACUGGAGAAUAUUAUCUCUCUACUCACACUUCCCCUGGAGAAUCAGCAGAUGAAACGCACGAGCUUUUGAAAGAAUAUGGAGAAUUCAAAGUACCUGCCAAGCAAACCAAGGAGAAAGUGAAGCUUCUCAUUCAGCUGGCCGAUAGCUUUGUGGAGAAAGGACACACACACGCCACAGAAAUUAGGAAAUGGGUUACUACAGUUGACAAGUGCUAUCGGGAUUUUUCAAUGAGAAUGGGGAAGUACCGCUACACUUUGGAAAAAGCUCUUGGGAUCAAUACAGAGGAUAAUAAAGACCUGGAGUUGGACAUCAUUCCGGCAAGUCUGUCUGAUCGUGAAGUAAGGCUACGCGAUGCCAGUCAUGAAGCCAAUGAAGAAAAGAGAAAGUCGGCCAGAAAAAAAGAGUUCAUCAUGGCUGAACUGCUUCAGACAGAGAAGGCCUACGUUAGGGACCUGCAUGAAUGUUUAGAGACCUACCUUUGGGAAAUGACAAGUGGAGUCGAGGAGAUACCACCAGGGAUUCUGAACAAGGAACACAUAAUAUUUGGAAACAUCCAGGAGAUAUAUGACUUUCAUAACAAUAUUUUUUUGAAAGAACUGGAAAAAUACGAACAACUUCCUGAAGAUGUUGGUCACUGCUUUGUCACCUGGGCGGAUAAGUUUCAGAUGUAUGUUACCUACUGUAAAAACAAACCUGAUUCCAGCCAAUUGAUCCUAGAGCACGCAGGAACAUUCUUUGAAGAAAUUCAACAAAGGCAUGGUCUGGCCAACUCCAUUUCCUCAUAUUUGAUCAAACCUGUUCAGAGGAUUACAAAGUAUCAACUUUUAUUAAAGGAGCUUUUAACAUGCUGUGAAGAAGGAAAAGGAGAGCUGAAGGACGGUUUGGAAGUGAUGCUCAGUGUCCCUAAGAAAGCCAAUGAUGCCAUGCAUGUAAGCAUGCUGGAAGGAUUUGAUGAAAAUUUGGAUGUUCAGGGAGAACUGAUCCUUCAGGAUUCAUUCCAAGUAUGGGAUCCCAAAUCUCUCAUCCGGAAGGGUCGUGAGAGACAUUUGUUUCUCUUUGAAAUCUCUUUAGUUUUCAGCAAAGAGAUAAAAGAUUCUACAGGACAUACUAAAUAUGUUUACAAGAACAAAUUACUGACCUCAGAACUGGGAGUAACAGAGCACGUGGAAGGAGAUCCAUGCAAGUUUGCCUUGUGGUCUGGACGGACUCCCUCUUCGGAUAACAAAACAGUGUUAAAAGCAACCAGUAUUGAAACUAAACAAGAAUGGAUUAAAAAUAUUCGAGAAGUGAUACAAGAAAGGAUGAUACAUUUAAAAGGAGCUUUGAAAGAGCCAAUCCAGCUCCCCAAAACCCCAGCCAAGCAAAGGAACAACAGUAAGAGAGAGGGAGGAGAAGAUGCCGACAGCCAAGGAGAUGGGAGUAGUCAGCCUGACACAAUUUCAAUUGCAUCCAGGACUUCUCAGAACACAGUAGACAGUGACAAGCUGUCUGGAGGAUGUGAACUAACUGUGGUGCUGCAAGACUUUGUUGCCAGUCACAGCAGUGAACUGAGUAUUCAGGUGGGACAGACGGUGGAAUUACUGGAAAGGCCAAGUGAACGGCCAGGCUGGUGCCUGGUACGGACCACAGAAAGGAGUCCACCUCAAGAAGGUUUGGUCCCCAGCAGUGCUCUUUGCAUCUCCCAUUCCCGGAGCAGUGUAGAAAUGGACUGCUUCUUCCCAUCAGGAAAAGAUGCCUAUUCCACCUCCUCCAACGAAAAUGGAGCAAAAUCUGAUUCUGUGGCUAAUUUACAGCCCCACACAUCCCUUAAUUCCAUCCAGAGCUCCCCUGGUCCAAAGCGUUCAACCAACACCUUGAAAAAAUGGCUGACGAGUCCUGUACGUCGACUGAACAGUGGGAAGGCUGACAGCAACAUCAAAAAACAGAAGAAAGUACGUGAAGGAAGGAAGAGCUUUGACCUAGGAUCCCCCAAACCUGGAGAUGAAACCACACCUCAGGGAGACAGUGCCGAUGAGAAGAGCAAGAAAGGUUGGGGCGAAGAUGAACCAGAUGAAGAAUCUCAUACACCACUUCCUCCUCCAAUGAAGAUUUUUGAUAAUGAUCCUACACAAGAUGAGAUGUCUUCCUCUUUGCUAGCUUCUCGACAGACCAGCUCUGAGGUGCCAACGGCUGCGGAUCUUGUCAGUGCAAUAGAAAAAUUGGUCAAAAGCAAGCUGACAUUGGAAGGGGGCUCCUACCGAGGAAGCUUAAAGGAUAGUACUGGAUGUUUGAAUGAGAUUGUGACACCUUCAACCCCGCCUUCAAGAAACCUUGAAGAGGAACAAAAGGCCAAAGCAAUGAGAGGCAGGAUGUUUGUUCUAAAUGAACUGAUACAAACAGAAAAAGACUAUGUCAAGGACUUAGGAACAGUGGUGGAGGGAUUUAUGAAAAGAAUAGAAGAAAAAGGUGUUCCUGAAGAUAUGAAAGGAAAAGACAAGAUUGUGUUUGGAAACAUUCACCAGAUCUACGAUUGGCACAAAGACUUUUUUCUUGCUGAACUGGAAAAGUGCCUUCAGGAACAUGAUCGUUUAGCACAGCUCUUCAUCAAACAUGAGAGGCGAUUACACAUGUACGUGGUGUACUGCCAAAACAAACCAAAAUCAGAAUAUAUAGUAGCUGAAUGCGGUACAUAUUUUGAGGAAGUGCAACAAGAAAUAAACCAGCGAUUAACUCUCAGUGACUUCUUAAUUAAGCCCAUUCAAAGAAUAACCAAGUACCAGUUGCUUCUCAAGGAUUUCCUGAAAUAUAGUGAAAAGGCUGGAUUGGAUUGCUUGGAGACAGAGAAAGCUGUAGAGUUGAUGUGCCUUGUUCCUAAACGCUGCAAUGACAUGAUGAAUCUGGGACGACUGCAGGGCUUUGAGGGCAAGCUGGCAGCUCAAGGGAAAUUGUUGCAACAGGAUACAUUCUAUGUAACAGAGCAGGACUCUGGAGGGUUGUCUCGGCCAAAAGAACGCAGAGUUUUCCUCUUUGAGCAAAUAGUCAUCUUUAGUGAACUACUUAGGAAAGGCUCCUUAACACCUGGGUACCUGUUUAAGCGGAGCAUAAAGAUGACAUAUCUAAUACUUGAGGACAAUGUGGACAAUGAUCCUUGCAAAUUUGCUCUCAUGAAUCGGGAAACAUCAGAACGGUUCAUAUUGCAGUCUGCCAAUCCUGAAAUCCAACAAGCUUGGGUACAGGAUAUCAGUCAAGUACUUGACACACAGAGGGACUUCUUAAAUGCAUUACAGUCUCCAAUAGAGUAUCAGCGCAAAGAAAGCAGCAGCUCAGCUGUAAUGAGACCCCAGACCAGCCGGGCACCUCAGCCCAUCACCAGACCCUAUUCCUCAGGACCUGUAGGAUCUGAUAAAACUUCAAAGGCUACAAUGCGCAACCCAUCUCUUCCACCUCUGAAGAUAUCUACCUCCAAUGGUAACACAGGGCAUGAACAGCACCAGCCUGAGGACAGAUAUGAACAGAGCAAGAAUGACUUGGGUGGGUGCAAUGGAACCUCUUCUAUGGUGGUCAUCAAAGAUUACUAUGCAUUAAAGGAGAAUGAAAUCUGUGUCAACCAGGGUGAAGUGGUCCAAGUACUUGCCAUUAACCAGCAGAACAUGUUCCUUGUAUACCAGCCUGCCAAUGACCACUCACCAGCAGCAGAAGGAUGGAUCCCAGGGAAUAUCUUGGCUCCCCUCACUAAAUCAACUACAGAUAGUAGCGACGGAAGCAUAAAGUAAGUGCUGUGUUGGAUUCCCAGGGACCAGUAUGUGGAUUUUUGAGGAAAAAUUAGAACACAAAUGGUAGGAUUUUCCUACUGUUUCCUUAGAUCUUCAGUGCCAUUGGAACAAACUAUGCUUGAUAACACAGCAUGGGGUAUUCAUCUUUGGAUAGUUGGGGUUUUUUGUUGAUUUUUUUGUGUGUUUUUCCCCUUAUAAUUUAUAAAAUAUUAAAAUCCAUAGACAGUUUAAAAAGCAUGGUUUAUGUUCUCCAUCUUUUCCUAAUCAUGGACCUAAUUGACUGGAUUUCUAUUUAUCUUGUGUUUAAAUAACAUGUGUGUGUAUGUGUGUAGACCCAUACACACAUAUGUGAAUGUGAAAGGGUGUAUGUGUAUAUAUGUGUGUGAGAGAAACAAACAAAACAAACAUUGCUCUCCUCUACUGGCUUGAGUCCUGCUUCUCAAGGAAGAGAUUUUAUGUUGUCUAUGGCAAAUUCUUGUACAGUUUGUAACAUUUUCAUUUUGUUUUGUUUUUUCUGUUCGCAUAUUUUGUAUAAAAAAUUUUUUUUUGUUUGAUAAAUCCCUUUUGCAGUACAUUCCUGUAAAAAGUAUUUUGCACUAUUUAAAAAAAAUCCCAUAUUUGAAGUCAGAUUGUGCAAUAUUAUGGAUAGUCGCAAUGUUCAUCAUUGUACCUGUAAUGUAACUAAUAAUUUUAAAUGUACUAUUUUAAAUAUGUAAAAUAAAUUUUCACUAUGAGCAUGUUUUGAGAAAAUUAUAAAAGGACCAAUUUCUGACCCUCUUUAGUUCUUUUUUUCUUUCUGUUUUGUUCCUAAUUUAAUGAAAUGUGAAAUACUCUUUCCGAUUUUUUUGUCAUUUUGUUAAUUUGAAAUGACUAAAUGCAAGAAAAUGUUUUUUGAUAUUAAAUACAAAAGGUACAAUCCUUUUCCA